CGGGCGGGACCAUCACCGGCGCCUCCCCCUUCCAGGUUGGUGUUGGCCCCACAGCGCCGGCUCGCCAGUUUCACGUUAAGUUCAGGAGGAGGAGGGGAGGUGGCGCUGCCGCCGCUGCUCCAUUCCACUGGCAGCUCAGCCUCGUCUGAUUGAGUGUGGACUUGAGACCCAGAGGGACAUUCGCCGACCAUGGCUCGCAGCCGCACUCUGGGGGAGGAUUUCACCUUCGUCAACCCCGUGGUUAAAUAUUUACUAUUUUUGUUCAACAUGCUGUUCUGGAGCAUCUCUUUGGUGAUGGUUGGCAUUGGUGUGUACGCCAGGGUCAUGAAGCAUGCUGAGGCUGCCAUGGCCUGUCUUGCUGUGGACCCUGCCAUUCUCCUCAUCGUGGUGGGUGCGCUGAUGUUCCUCAUCACCUUCUGUGGGUGCAUUGGAUCCCUGCGGGAGAACAUCUGCCUCUUGCAAACAUUCUCCAUCUGCCUGACGCUGGUAUUUUUGCUACAAUUGGUUGCUGGGGUCCUGGGCUUUGUCUUUUCAGAUAAGGCCCGAUCGAAGGUCAGUGAGAUCAUCGAUAGCGCAAUAAUUCAUUACCGAGAUGACCUGGAUCUCCAGAACCUCAUCGACUAUGGGCAGAAGCAGUUCAGCUGCUGUGGGGGAAUUUCAUACAAGGACUGGAGCCACAACAUGUACUUUAACUGCACGCUGGAGAACCCCAGCCGGGAGCGCUGCUCUGUGCCUUAUUCCUGUUGCCUGCGCACCACGGAGAAAGUGAUCAACACUAUGUGUGGGCAUGGCAUGCAGGAUCUGGAGUACCUAGCAGCAGAGGAAUAUAUCUACACCAAUGGGUGCAUCGACAAGCUGGUCAACUGGAUCCAUAGCAACCUCUUCCUGUUGGGAGGGGUGGCCCUGGGCCUUGCUAUCCCACAGUUGGUGGGAAUUCUUCUCUCCCAGAUCCUCAUCAAUCAGAUCAAAGAUCAGAUUGAGCUCCAGAAAUACAACAGCCAGCACAGAGCCGAUCCCUGGUACUGAAUGCGCUCUCUCCAGAGUGAAGGGGGGGAUGCUGGCUUUUACUACCGGUUGAGAGGGCCUUCGCAUCGAUGAAUUUACUCACCGAGAAAGGACUGCCGGACAUCGGGAAUGGCAAAACGCCACUCUGCUCGCUCGGGGGUACAUGUGCUGUGUCCACUGGAUGUGCAGAUGCUCAAACUCGUCGUUUUAACUGGAUUUCUCAUCACAUCCUUCAGUGUCACUGUGUGAAAUAAAUUCACAUGUUUUGCAAUUCGUAGUAUUCUGUGGCGUGUUUCUCGGGUACAGGUAUGAAGCACAAUGUCCCAUUAUAACUGUGGGGCAGUCUCAUCCCUCCUGUCGUUGAGUACUUGCAGUUGCCCUUCAAGGAGUGUUUGCAUCCGGUGCAAUUAAGUUUAUCUGUGCCUGUGUUUGCUGCAGUCGGUCGAGUCGCCUGCCUGUGCCUCCAUCCGUUACUGUUAAACUACAUUUGUGCUGCUCUAUUUUACUGUUUUAUUUCAGUCAGUGAGACAAUGUGGGUGAAAAGGGCCAACUUUUUAACGGGAGAUUUCCCUAUCAAUUACCUACCAGAGAUGGUUUAGUUCCAGUCUAUUGUGCUUUGUGGCCACUGACUAAACCUAGCACUGAAGAGGAAAAUACUUUUGAGAUAUGGAGUUAUUGUAUAGAGCUUCAUGUUAAUAUGUUCAUAUGUCAGGAUACAAUCUUAUUGUCUAAAAAAAAUAAUGUACAUUUUUUUGGUAAAUGAAAUAUUUUUGUCUUUUUAAUAAAAAUAACAUUAAACUGU